CAUCGCCUUCCUUAUCGCCAUUUUACGCGUUACAUGCCACAUGUUCCGGUGAGCGAGCCGGAACAGCAGGAUUGUCGCACUCUCCAAGCGCACAGCCAAUCAUCCAUGAGCCCACUUGGGUAGAGACCGCACGUUGCUAAGCUGUUGCUAUCACCCAGUUGUCAAUCCAGCUGCAGCGCCCAAUUUCAGAUAUCGAGAAGCUUAAAUUGAUCAGCCAAGCCGAGAAAAAGGUCACUGAGAUGGCUCCUCCUGAGCAAGAAUACAACGCCAACUCGUACCGGAGGGAUCCUGGCCGAAGCGCUGGAUCUAGGUCGCCCUCUUCGGUCACUUCUUCGGAGGAUCAUGGACGGCGGUCUGUACGCGAGAACCGCCAUCUUUUGCCCACCUCUGAUGGAGCAAAUGAGAGUCAAGCUACUCCCCACCCAAAACAUUUCCAGCAGCAAUCGGACUCUGGUGAUGAAGACGACUCUGCCGAAGGUAGAUCCGGGGAUACGGAGUCGGUGUAUCCUCCCCUGUCUCAAGUACGCCCUCUUUAUGAUCAUCCACAUGCGAACGCCUCCUUGAACCAGCAGUACAACCCAAGGCAUCAGACAUCACAAGCUGCUGGGCGUGAUGGUACGCCGGAGAAGGGUAAGGCGUUUGGUUCUGAGAGGUGCAUGAUGGUUGAGCCUGAUGAGCACGACGUUCCACCCAGUCCACAACAGGCCGGAGAUGCAGCCCGCGACUACGCCAGAGGCACGAGAGAUGGAAUGAAAAACCGGAAUACCUUCACAAUCGGGCAAAUAGGAGGUCAAAAGCACCGCGUUGGGAACAUCGACAAUGCUAGAUAUCUCGGCAGCACCGACAAUAGCUUCAAGAUCGAUACCGUGACCAACACCUCAGAAGGCUUGGAUAUUGGAAACAUCAAUGCGCUUGGACGAGGGGAGUGACCAGCAGUUGGUUCCAUGACACGUGUGCUUGAGGAAUGGGUACAGCAUGGCUGAGGUGGAAGCCGCACUAUUGGGUUAAUUGAGGCAUGGCUACCCAGCUAACCAUGUCUUGGACUUCGUCUAGCGGGGUAUACCAUUUGUUUUGACACGACUUUACCUUUAUGAUACUUAUGGAUGCAACGAGGUAUUAGUUGAGACG